AUGGGGAGUCUGGGGAUCGAACAAAGUCGACUGCAAGUAGCCAUUGUUGGCACCGGGAUUGCAGGGCUCACGGCAGCAAUUGCACUUCGAAAGCAUCCCCAGAUACACGUUGAGCUUUAUGAAAAGGCCACCGAGCUGAGAGAGAUUGGCGCGAGUAUAACUCUGGGCCCCAAUGGUCUGAGAACGUUACAGAGAUUGGGAUUGGAGGAUUGCAUCAGUGAUCAAGUAGGAUAUCGUGGGCCGAAUCCCAUAUCCAGGUUCUAUCGGCAUUGGAAGACGAAUGAGAUCAUUGGCGAGGAUUUCUAUGAAGAUGUUUCGGAGCCCUUGCAUUAUACUGCGAGAUUUCAUCGGGGACACCUACAACAGGCUUUAUUAAAGCAUAUUCCAAGUGAAAUUAUACAUCUUAAGAAGAAAUUGGUUUCUGCAUCAGUAGAUCCUCGAGAUGGCGUAAAGAUGCACUUUCAGGAUGGAAGUAUUGCAACUGCAGAUCUCCUAAUUGGAGCUGAUGGGAUUCGUUCUGGCGUGAGAACAGCUUUUGUCCCAGAUUUCGAACUCGAAUGGAGUGGCCACACUGCCUUCCGCGGUAUAUUUGACGCCUCGCUCGUCCAUUCCAUUCAAGGUGUCCCACUUGACUCAACGCACUGGUGGGGGCCAGAAACGAAUUUCUUUGCAACGCGGCUAGCUCAAAACCUUUUCACGGUUCAAGGAGGAAUCUACGCGGAUCCCCAAGACCCAGUCGCAAUUGCAAAGUUCAGAGAUGGAGGACGCUGGGACCAAGAAGCCAACAUCAACCUCCUAAGAGAGAAAUAUGUCGACUGGAAUCCCGUCGUCAAAGCACUUGCAAAUGUAACGCCCGACAUUCGAUAUUACCCCAACUAUUUCUGUGGCUCUUCCCUACCGACUUGGACCUUCGGGGGCCGAGUCACGUUAAUCGGCGACGCGGCACAUGCUCAUGGUGGUGCAUUCGCGACGGGUGGCUCCCUAGCCAUAGACGAUGCUUACGCUUUAUACCUUGCUCUUACAUCCGUCUUCCCUGAAACAACUUCGCAGAAGCCGUCUUCGGGAGAGAUUUUAAAAGCGUUAAAGUUGUAUGAAGAUACGAGGAGGCCACAUGCUGUACGAUUAUUGAAGGUCGUGCAUGCGAAUAAUGAGAUGAAGACGAAGAAGAUUUUGGCGGAGACGCAGGAGACAGAUGAAGAGUUGAGGGCGAGGGCUAAGAGGGGAUCGGGUACCACUUGGUUGCAUGAACAUGACGUUGUGAAGAGUUUUGAGGAAGCACUUGCGGCUUCGUCAAAAAGAAUAUAA